AUGGGUAACUGCUUCUCGGACCCAUCCAAGCCCAAGCAGUCUGGUGGGCAGCGCCUCGGCUCUGGCACACCCACCCCAACGGGCGGGGCUGCCGCUGGCGGAAGCGUUGCUGGCAAGCCAUCAGGCAGUGUAGGCGGCAAGAACAAGGCGACUCCGGCCUCACGACCACCUCAAGCACUGGGAGGCAGUCCCGGCAGUCCCAGCAGUGGGGCUGACCCCCGGUCUGCAGCGCUGGCAGCGGCUGAAGCGCGCGCACAGGCAGAGGGCAAGAAGGGCGUGUCUACUUCGAAUCCGAAGAGCGGGCAGCUCUCGGCCAAGCUCGCUGCCGAGCGCCGCGCGUCAUCCACGCAGCAGCAGGGCAACGAGCGCAUGAUGGAUGCUGGGCAGUGGAACUAA